AUGCAGGAAAUUAACCCCAACCUGAGCGAAGAAUAUCACCAGAAAGGCCCCAAUGACAAAUCCCUGAGAGAUAUAGGUUUCAUGUUCCUGCUCUUGUGGGCCGACGUCGCUAGGAACGAAACCCCGGAGCGUCUUAUUGAGACCGAGACCGAGAAAGAGAAUGGUGUCAAUGACGUGAAUACAUUCGGCGUUAUCGAGGCGAAUAGUCCUGACAAUGGCCUCAAUAAUAGAGGGAUUAUGCAGAAGAUGAGAAGAGGGACGGAUAGUCAUAAGACAGAGUAA